AUGCUCGUGUCACUCUGGCUCCUGAUCAUGAGCGCAUGUCUUCUUACUGCAUCACCACUCGGUCGAGAAUUAUCCCAAGAGAUGAGCAACGACGACCCAUUACAAAUCGUCGCAGACCCGCCUUUUUCUCCGCGCAGCACAAUUCCCGACUCGCACGCAGAUCCCACCUUAAGAUCCCACAGCGCCUUAGCAAAACGAUCUUCCACCAUCGCAUCUCAACCCCUGACGAAGCGCGGCUGGGCCCUCGACGCCCUCAAGCUCACCAGCCAAAUCAUCUGGCAAAGCGUCGACAUCGCCUUCGCCGUCGAACUCGAAUGGCAGCAGCAGUUCAUUCUAUGGAACAACAUCUCGACGUAUAAUCCGCGCAUCGAUGGGCCCUGGGUGCCCACCCGCGAUAAUCGCUUCGUUAUUUACUGGGGGUUUAUGAAGGUUAUUUUGAGUGUGAUAGAAGGGGCUGUCAGCGACCUUGUAACUCAGCCCGAAGUCUUUGCUGCGCUGGAGACGUUGGGGGCGUUUAUUGUGGCUUUGCCGACGGCGGUGAUUUUGCCGGCGUUUACGGCCGUUGUGUGGGUGGGGGCGACGGCGGUGCAGGUCGUGCUCGCGCUGACGGAUGGAAGGGAGAUGAAUCUUAUUACGCCGACGUAG